AAGUACGUCGCUUCUCGCCUUAUCAAACAGCGCUGGGCGGUGAGUCGGGUUUUUGAGCUCAGUUCAGAGGGUCAGUUCUACAGAGCUCUGAUAAACAUGGUGCAUAAGGCUGUGUGUGUGCUGAAGGGGACCGGAGAGGUGACCGGAACGGUGUUCUUUGAGCAGGGUGAUGGUGCUCCAGUAAAGGUUUCAGGUGAGAUCACUGGCCUCACUCCUGGCCUGCACGGAUUUCACGUCCAUGCUUUUGGAGAUAACACAAAUGGUUGCAUCAGUGCUGGGCCACACUAUAACCCAUACAACAAAACCCAUGGUGGACCUACUGAUGAAAUCAGACAUGUUGGAGAUCUGGGUAAUGUGACAGCUGGGGCUGAUGGUGUUGCCAAAAUAAACAUUGAGGAUAAAAUGUUGUCUCUGUCAGGGCCACACUCAAUCGUUGGAAGGACCAUGGUGAUCCAUGAGAAAGAGGAUGACCUGGGAAAAGGCGGCGAUGAAGAAAGUCUCAAAACUGGGAACGCCGGUGCUCGCUUGGCCUGCGGUGUGAUCGGCAUCGCCCAGUGAAGCAGACCCUCCACUGACGCCUGCCCGCCCCAUUAUAGCACUGGAACAAAUCUGAGCUCUCUGUGACCAAUUUCAGCUGCCCCGACUAGCACUAAAUUUGUUAAAGUUGAAGAGUUUAUUUUUACAGAGUAAAGAAGGUGAAUAGCGUACUCGUGCCCUAGCUGAAUAUCUAUUUCAGAGUUAGCAUUUGCGCUUAUCAGACAGUUUGAUUUGUACUCCUGUGACAGCAGCGAAGUGCUGUUUCUGUUCACUAUAUUCCCAUUUCUCCAAUCAAUAAAUGUUUGAUGGGUA